AUGCAAGCACUCCCACCCAUUUCUGAGAACAGUGUAGGCUGUCUGAUAACUGGCAGGCUUCGAGCUGCCCUUAUAAAGUUGUUCCACUUGUGCAUACUUCCUCAUUCUGCUAGUUUGUCAGUGAAGAUGAAGCUCCUCAUUUACAUAGUCUUGCUGAAGUCAACUCUCCUUGCUUUGACAAAUGUUUUUGCAGUUAUUUUAGAAGAAGAAGAGAAUGCUAAAGAAGCAAAACUUACUGAAACUUGUCCCAUAAAGCUCAAAGCUAAUCGGAAAUGUGAUGAAGGAGAGGAUUGUCCUUAUCAGAUAAAUUUGCCUCCGAUGACCAUCCAGAUACCCAAAGAAUUCAAACUGCUUGAGAAGACUCUCAAAGAAGUACAGACCCUUAAAGAAUCAGUAAACAAGCUGAAAAAAUGCUGCCAAGAUUGCAAGCUGCAAGCAGAUGACAACCAGGAAAGAGACAGAAGUAAUGAAUUCCUGCUACCCAACACUGCAGAAAACAGCGAAAGCCAAGAUAACAGAGUACAGGAACUGCAAAGCAAAGUUAACAGAAUGGCAACAAGCUUAAAAAAUGCAAAGAGCCAGAUUCAGACACUGCAGGGUCGUUUAGAGAAGCUGAGCCUCAUAAACAUGAACAAUGUGGAACAUUAUGUUGACAGCAAAGUUGCAAAUUUGACAUUUGCUGUGAAUAACCUGGAUAACAAGUGUUCUUCUAAGUGCCCAGCAAUGCAAGCAAAACCUGUUAUACAAAUAAUGCAGAGAGACUGUGCUGACCAUUACACAGCAGGGAGAAGGAGUAAUGGAAUCUACAGGAUUAGCCCUGAUCCCAGAAACGGGAGCUUUGAAGUUUACUGUGACAUGCAAACACAGGGAGGCGGCUGGACAGUGCUGCAGCGGCGUCAGGAUGGCAGCACUAACUUCAACAGGACCUGGAGUGACUACAAACAUGGCUUUGGAAACCUCAGCAGGGAGUUCUGGCUAGGCAAUGACAAAAUUCACCUCCUGACAAGGAGCCAGGAAAUGCAACUGAGGAUUGAUCUGGAAGAUUUCAAUGGGAUCAGAGAAUACGCCAAAUACGAGCACUUCUACGUGGCCAACGAGUACCUCAAGUACCGCCUGAGCGUGCACGGCUACAGCGGCACCGCCGGAGACGCCCUCCACUACAGCAGGCACUACAACCACGACCAAAAGUUCUUCACAACCCCGGACAGGGACAACGACAGGUAUCCCUCAGGAAACUGUGGUGCCUACUACAGCUCUGGCUGGUGGUUUGAUGCCUGCUUGUCAGCCAAUCUCAACGGCAAGUACUACCACAAGAAGUACAAAGGCGUUCGCAAUGGCAUUUUCUGGGGCACGUGGCAUGGUAUUUCUGAUGAUACUCCCACUGGAUAUAGGCAACCCUUGAAAUCAGUAAAGAUCAUGAUCAGACCCAAAAGUUUUGUGCAGUAAUUCUACACAUUCCUCUCAACUAGUUUCCAUUGGAUUGCACUCAAAAUUGUACUUACUCAGUAUUAUACUCAGAAAUCAAGUAUUCAGUUAUGUUUGGCAAAAGAUUGUUCUAGACAAAACAACAUACUUCCACAUAAUCUUUUUAGAGAUGGUUUGACCCAUAUAAUGCAUUAAAAACCAGCAUUAAAAUAUCUGAUAGUUAUUGCUAAAACUUAACACCAGUUAGGUCUUGGUUUUGUUAUGCAAAUAUUCUAAACAUUGCUUUUGGUGCUUUUACUGACUGUGAUAUACCACAUUUUAUGAUUUAAAACUUUAAUAUUGUCUUCCACAAGUUGUCUGAAUGAUUACCUACAUUUUAACCUGAAAAUAAGUCAGAGAUGUAACUAAUAUAAAUUUGUCAACCCUUUGUAAAAAACCUAGUUUCUGUAAAACAGUCUUUUUCCAUCAUCUAUCCUUCAUAACUUCAAAGGUAUACCACAGCAACAUCAAUAUAAAUUAGGAAAAGUACUAAAAAUUAUUAUUUUUAAAGAACUAGAAAACAGAGGGCCACAUGGCUUGCCCAAAGUCACAAAAAAAAAUGCUUUGAAGAAAACAAAAAAACGAAGAUGAUUCCUCAAAUUUCAUCUCUUUAUCAAAGGUUUAUCAAAGUUGGUAGAAGAAUUGAAUAAAAGCAGAGGAAAUAAUUAUAAAAUCAUAGAAUCAUUUAGUUUGGAAAAGACCUUUAAGAUCAAGUCCAACUGUUAACACAGGACUGCCAAGUCCACACUAAGCCAUGUCCCUAGGUGUCACAUCUA